AUGAGUAUCAGACAAGCUAUUCAACUGAACAACCAAGCUGUUUCGUUGUUGGAAAGCAAACGCUUCAGUGAAGCUAUUCCUGUUGCAUGCGCUGCAAUGGAGGUAUUCCAAAAGCAAACAACACCUACGGGAGAACAAGUACAUCUGCAUGACAAUGACUUUGUUGAUCGAUGCAUACUUUCUCGUAAUCGUGAUUGCAUUUCCGACAGCCGAAACACCAUGGACGAGGAAUACACCUAUGGCCAUGGCAUCAUGCUACCGUUGAACACAGUGGAUGGAACUCUCAUCAUCCCUGUACUGAUCUUCAACUGCGCCCUCUCUCAUCACUUGGCAGCGAGACAUUGCAACGAACAUGCCACUUCUCAACAAUUCCUCAACAGAGCACGAAGUCUUUACACGCUUGCCUACAAUGAACUCAAUCAAGACCAGAACUUGAUAUUCCAGGCGGUGGUUGUUAACAACGUUGGAGCGAUCCACAAGAGUCUUGGCAAUUAUGAAGAGGCACAGGCGUGCUUUGACUAUUUGACGUCCAUGCUCAUGAUGAUGAUCUACUACACCGAGGAAACUUCUUCGGGCGAAAACAACUAUCGACAACACGUCCAGGGCUUUUGGAAAAACAUUUUGGGAAAUGAGCGAUCAACAGCUCCUGCCGCGUAG